GUUCUCCAUCUCACACUUGCGCUCUUUUUCUGCUUUGAUACAGACCCCUUUUCUACCAGCUGUCUUUUGGCGUUACAAUCUCCUUUUGUUUAUCUGAUCAUGCCACACAGACAUAUCGAUACUACUAAAGCAGCGUGGUUAUAUCCCCUGCGGGGCAUUUAUUAUUUUGCAUCGCAUCGCUACCUUUGGCCGCUUUUCAAGACUCGUUUGAUCCCGAUAGUUCUCCUGUCCGCUUUCAUCUACGUCCUGCUCUUCCUAUUUGCAUAUUUGCCUCAGGUGGCUUUCCUGUCCAUCUUCCAGGGUGUCGGGGCCUGGAUCAAUGGCGCGUUCCUGGUUCUAGGAGAGGGGGCGGCCAUUGUCGCUGCUCUCUUUGAAGCCUUCUUCGUUGAUGAGACCCUCGUGGACAUCUUCGAUUCGGUGCUCGUGAGUGAGGGUCAUGGCGAACUCGUCACCAUGUCGAGGGUUUUGUACCCCCAGGGCGAUGAUGUCGUCAAACGGCUCGGCAAGCCCACCAAGAGCGCCGUUUAUGCACCGUUUUCUCUACGGCAAAUCGUGGAAUUUAUUGUGCUUCUACCGCUGAACUUUAUUCCCGUGGCUGGAACACCCAUGUUCCUCGUGCUGACCGGCUACCGGGCGGGCCCCUUCCACCAUUGGCGAUACUUUCAGCUGUUGGAUCUUUCGAAACAACAGCGCAAAGAAAGGAUUCGCCGCAGACAAUUGCAAUACACCACAUUUGGGACGGUGGCCCUGAUACUUCAGUUGAUCCCCAUUUUGUCCAUGUUCUUCCUGAUGUCAACCGCGGUUGGAUCUGCUCUCUGGACGGUGGAUCUUGAAAACAAGCGCGAUCUUUUGGGCAGGAGGCCCGCGCGAGAUCCCGAAGGUCUCUAUCGCGAUGAUUACAAUGAUGAUGAUGCUAUGAUUUAGAUUGUGUUUUUCUUUUAUUAUUCUUUUUUCAUUCUUGAUGCCUCUUUAGCCUUUAUUCCCGCUUCUCUUAGCGUCACCCGUCUUCUUCACUUCUAUACUGCCCUUGUGGUUUCAACUACCUUGACAACUGUUGGGAUAUCAACGUACAGAAUUACCGAUUUUAAUGUGGUCACACCGAUGACCGGGUUUAACCGAGCCCUUCUUAGCGUCAUGAAUCAUGAGUAGAGACUAGAGAGGGGGUCGGUAAUAGUUCGAUCGUUCCAUU